CGCCGGUUGAGUAAAAUACAUUUCAACUCGUGAAUUCGCUCGCUGCACACGUCGGCGCGCGCUCCAUCUUCUGUCUCGCUCUAUCAAGAAACAAACCAACAACCAUGUCUGGCCGCGGCAAGGGAGGCAAGGUUAAGGGAAAGGCAAAGUCCCGUUCAAACCGUGCUGGACUCCAGUUCCCCGUCGGUCGUAUCCACAGGCUGCUGCGCAAGGGUAACUACGCCGAGCGUGUCGGUGCCGGUGCGCCCGUUUACCUGGCGGCCGUCAUGGAGUACCUGGCCGCUGAAGUUCUCGAGUUGGCCGGUAACGCCGCCCGUGACAACAAGAAGACCAGAAUCAUCCCGAGACACUUGCAGCUGGCCAUCCGCAACGACGAGGAGCUGAACAAGCUGCUCUCCGGCGUGACCAUCGCCCAGGGUGGUGUGCUGCCUAACAUCCAGGCCGUGCUUCUGCCCAAGAAGACCGAGAAGAAGGCUUAAAUCGAGUCGUCGUUCAUCGGACACGCCACACUCCGCUGCUCGUGAGCUUUCACAUGCACACGUCAGCGGCAAAACGGCCCUUUUCAGGGCCACAA